GCCGGUGGAGAAAAACCAACAGUAUUUCUGUUUCCUGCCUCGUUGUGCUGCUCAGUUUCAUGUUUUCUUCAAACUCCAGGAAGCCUUCCUUGACCGGUUUCCUGUAACCAUGGCGACAGGAAGCGCUCUCCAAUCAGGUUUCGUGGCGCUGCGUGUUCGGGAAGUGGGCCCGUUUCCUGCCGUUCCCGCCGGACGGAGAGCCGCUCCGACGGUCGGCUUGCUUUCUCCUGGAUUUACCCCAGAACGGCCACGUCUGGUUCAGAUCCGUGAGAAUCGAUGGAGUUCAAGCCAGACGACAUCACUUCCUGUCUGUGAUCGCCCCGGGAAGCGAUGCGCCUCAGCCAGCUGGUCGCCAGCAGCUCCUCCCUCCAGGUUCCUCCUCCGCCCAGCCGGGUCGGCGCCGGCCCGGUUAGGGGGACGGAGCGGCCCCCAGAACCCCCGAGGAGCUGCAGCUCGGCUGGGAGGAGCUGCUUGAGUCUGGACCUGCAGGUGGCGCUGCUGCUGCUGGUGACGCUGGCUGGAGCCGCGAUCCUGCUGCUGCUCUACAGGCUGCUGCAGCUGAGGCACAGGCUCAGGCUGGCCCGGGCGCAACACGCCUUGGAGUACAGCAGCUUCUACCACAGCGCCACCUACAGGCUGAAGCAGCCCACCGCCUGCCAGGAGAUGCCCACCAAGAACGGGUCGCUCCCAGAAGAACCGGCUCCCAUCCAGACCAUCACCACCAUAACUUCCAUCGUCCCUCCACCAUCCCUCCCGCUCCCACCGACUCCGCCUGCAGCGCCCGCGCCUGGACUCCGGCCGCCGUCGCUGCCUCUGAUCCACACCACGCCGCCCAGCCCCCACCUGUCCUGGGGCGCGUGUUCAGACGGGGACGUUUACUCCCGGAUCGGAGCCUUCCGGCCCUCCAGGCUGUCCAGCCUGUCCAGCCGCUCCACCGUCAUCCUGUUCGAACACUCCGCCCUGUGAACGGUCGCUCAACGCUACAUUAGCUCAAUGCUCCAUUAGUGCAAUGGAGCAUUGAGCUAAUGUAGCGUUGAGCUCCAUGGAUAGGAGCAUUGAGCGCAAUGCUCCUAUCCAAGGAGCUCAACGCUAUUGUGGUGAUACCUAAUGCUCUGUUAGCUCAAUGCUCCAUUAGCUCAACGCUCCGUUA